AUGGCGCAGCCCCCUCAAAAUGUUAGCAUGGAAACCGCCAGUGAUUUACUGGCACGACCAUUACCCAUGCUCACUCGAGAGAAUGGGACUACCAAUCCAUCAGACUCUAGGACAUGGAUUUCGACCAGUUUAUUCCAUGAAUGGACCUCCUUCAAUGAUGAGGUUCUUCGCACAAUUCAAAGUAUUGACCUCAGUGGGCUUGUUCCGUGCAACGAUGUUACUAGUGACACGUACGUCGUCGGAAGUGAACUUGGUCUCACCGGGCGGUUCACCAAGCAUGUCUGCGACGCCGUCUCUCUAGCGUGCAAGUCCGCCGGGCUUGCUUUACAAUUCGGAGAUCGGCAAGCCGAGGUUAUUUCGACCGACGUGAUUCCUGACGUCGUUCUUCUUAAAUCUGCUCUCCAAGAUAGCUCCCCACAGCGAAAAACCAUUAUUCCGACCGAGCUCAAAACAUUCUGGACUGUCCAUCUUGACGUAGCCCAAAUCGGCACUGGCGUGUUCAGUAUCGGCUCACUCCGACCUCAUCUCGGUAACACUCAUCUGAAUCUCGUCAACCAGAGGGAUAACAAAGCCGUGUAUGGUGUAUUAUCUACAUACGCGUAUACUGUAUUCAUCAAGAGGGUCGAAGAUUGCCAAUUCCAAAUGACGAAACCCAUACCCCAAGCUGCAACCCAGCCAUCCGUUAGGCAGUGCAUUAUGGCGGUCGCUAUCCUCGCCGCUACCGGUACCAACUACGUCGAAUACCCCGGCUUUAAUGCCGAAAUGCUUCAAAUUGGUACGGGCUACCAGGCGUCGACUCGGUCGAAGUCACAAAGUCUAUCUGAGUUACGGAAUUCCACGCAGUCUUCGAGGUCCUCGAUAACCUACGAACAUCUCCAGGAGAAGCGCCCUGAGGGGUAUUCUUUCUUCUCUUCGAGCUGCGUAGACGGUGUGAUCCGCUGUUCGUCCUUGUUCCCAUAUGGCUACAUAUUAGUCCUCACCAAAGUGAAGGGAGAGCCGUUGAAGAAGAGAUGGGCGACUGCCCCUGCCGAACGGAAAGAGUUCAUCUACCAGCAGGUUCUGACUGCUAUCAAUGCCCUUCGAGAUGUGGGAGUUCUCUGGGCGGACCCUGGCCCCCACGAUGUGCUUUACCACGAGGAUGACAAUAAGCCCUCUGUGUCUGUGAUAGACUUUGAAAGCAUCGAGCCACUUCAUCCCGGGCAAACUGCCCCAUGCCAACCCGAGAUGGCGGCUAUCUUUGGCCUGAAGGCCUAUCUCCUGAGAAAUUCGUGA